AUGGCUACGAUUCAUGGUGUCACUCCAAAGAAACCCAAGCCCCCUCAUCAUGCCAAGAGGUCCAGGAGCCCUCUCUCUGUCACUAACACGUGGAAUUGGGCCCAACCCCUAAUUUUCUUGUCCUGUUCAGCAGAUGAUCUGGGAUUUCAACUGUGGCCUGACAUAGCUAGCAAUGCAUUAUAUAAUCUGAAUUUCUUUUUUUAUCGUGGAGUUGAUUUCCAGUCUAGCUAUAAACACAAUAGCAGUACCAAACCUCUUGUUCUUGUGAAUGUUGCAGGUGAUGUGAGUCGGAAAAAGGAUAUUGAGAAAGCAUUGCAUGGGGCAGAUUGUGUUUUUCACCUUGCUUCGUAUGGUAUGUCAGGGAAGGAAAUGCUUCAAGCCAGGCAUGUUGAUGAGGUUAUCAUAAAUGGAACCUGCAAUGUCUUAGAUGUCUGCCAUGAGUUUGGUAUAAAAAGGCUUGUCUAUAUAAGUACUUACAAUGUGGUUUUUGGGGGAAAGGAGAUUGUAAACAGAAAUGAAGCUUUACCAUAUUUUCUUUUUGAUGACCAUAUUGAUCCAUAUGUUCGUAGUAAAUCUGUUGCAGAACAGCUAGUUCUGAAGAGCAAUGGUCGUCCAUCUAAGAAGAAAAAUGGUGUUCGGCUUUAUACCUGUGCUAUCCGUCCUGCUGGUAUCUAUGGACCAGGUGAGGAGAGGCACCUUCCAAGGAUUCUUUCCCUUGCAAAGAUGGGACUGUUAUUGUUUAAAGUUGGUAGUCCAAGUGUGAAGACAGACUGGGUCUAUGUUGAAAACCUUGUGCUUGCCCUGAUAUCACCAAGCAUGGGGCUUCUGGAUGACAUUCUCGGGAGAGAAGGACAGCCUGUCACUGCUGGUCAGCCAUAUUUCAUAUCUGAUGAUUGGUGUGACCCAUUACUUUUCAACUCUGAAAACAAGGCAGGAGCUUGGCUAUGUACCUAUGGUGAGCCCUCGAGAUGGUUUAGCUGCAACUAUAGCAUAUUGGCAGGAAAGAAAAAAGAGAGAAUUAGAUGGGCCAACUAUGUAUGUGUGGCUUUUUGUUGUAAUCGGGAUGUCAGCAUUGUUUUCCGCUGCUUUCCUGCCCCCAGUUGGACCAGUAGGUUGGGUGAGAGCCUUCAGUCUUUUUAUAUUUCAAUCAAUGUGGACCAUCAGACUCGUCUUUCUUGGAUCAGUAGCUUUGCACGUUGGUGAAGGCAUCUAUGCAUGGCACCUGUCAAGGAAGGUUGACCCAAGAAAUUCAAAAGGUUGGUUUUGGCAGACUUUGGUCCUUGGCUUCUUCUCACUGAGAUAUUUGUUGAAAAGAGCCCGGAGCUGAGACGAUUUCUCUUACAAACUGGACCCAUUCUUUCUCUGAUUUGAUGCAUGUGUUAAAACCCUCCAUCCACAAGCAGGUCAAAUGAGGCUGGGUCAGAACAUCUCAAAAGGCAGAGACAAGCCAUUUACUGUUUGUAGUUGAAGGUUCAAUUAUAUUAUCUUGGUAUGUCAUGCUUCAUGACUAAGCUCUUUGAGCUCUACUUUAUUUUGGAGCCUAAGGUUAAGAGGUGUCAAAAUACAUCCUCCAACACUCACCAUUUUGGCACAGUUCUGGAGAGCCUUUUCCAGAAUCUGUUAUGUUCAUUAGAAGGCAGCAAAAACGUUUGAUCAUGUUUUGUUUCCUAGCAUCUUAUGGACUAUAUCUAUUGAAAGUAGGGAUCGUUACUUCACAUAUUUUUUAUUUCUAGUUUCUUUCACAGGUCUUGGCAUUCUUAAGUUUUAUCAAAGAUUAGUUUAUUAGUUUUUCAGCCAAGAGCCAAGUCAGUUGUUACCACUUUUAUGUAGAAAUAUUCAAUAAUCAUGUAAUAUUUGUAUUUUUUUAAAA